CAUAGAAGAUUCAGAGAUAUGACUGACACAGCCAAUACCCUCAAAGAGAAGGACUAUCAAAGAUUUCGAAGAAUCCUUAAUAAAACCUGAAUUAGCAAAAGAUUACUUGCUGGAUCUGAAGAAGUUACAAGUACUAACCUGCCCCUAGAUUAAAAAAACCACAGGCAAGCUUUCUCUUUAGAUAAAGACUCCCAAAAGACUCUUAUUACCAUGAAAAGAAAAACCAUUCCCACACAAGUAACUUACCAAAAACAAUACACCUCAUUAAUACUCUGCAGAAAGCGCCUAAGGACAUCAAAAUGCUUACUAACAGCAGACUAAAAUAUAGCCACACACCUGCCCUCCCUGCACCCCUUCUCCAAACUCUUGAAUCCCUUCCUAAAGUUUCUUCUGAACUACUCUUCACAGGCUCACUGCUCUACUUUAAUACACAUCUUGAGGUAUUCCUUCAGUGCUUAAGGUGCUUCUUCGGGGUGAAGGGAGAUGAAGGAAGUAAUAACUCUUCUGUUCCUUCACUUUCGGAUCGAUAUCAACUCUCAAAUAAAAGGCCAGUCUUGAGCCUCAUGCUCGAGGCUACUGGAGAAAGACCUUUAAGAAAUAAAGAAACCUCAAAAGGGAACUCGGGAUAG